UCUCCAGCCCCGGGCACCCCCGCCCCGCUCGUCUCCCCACCGCGCGCGCGGCCCCCUCCCCGGCUCCGCCCCGCCCCUCGCGCGGGGUCCGCGUCUGCGGCUGCGUUCCCCGAAAGACGAAGCUGCGCCCCGGUUCCGGUCCGCAGGGAGACCGAAGGGCAUCGCUUCCCGCGCCAGAACCGCUGCUGAUCCCGGAGUGCUGACACCCCAGGGAUGCCUGCCCCCCAGAGGACUCCUGUCUGCAGCCCCCGCUUCUCUCUCAGGCUCUCUCAGAGCAUGCUGCCUGCGGCCAUGAAGAGCCUCGGCCUGGCACUGCUGGCCUUGCUGCUGUGCCCCUCGCCGGCCCAUGGCCUGUGGUGCCAGGACUGCACCCUGGCCAAUUCCAGCCACUGCGCCCCGAAGCAGUGCCAGCCGACCGAUACCGUUUGUGCCAGCGUGCGGAUUACCGACCCCAGCAGCAGUAAGACUGGACCUGGCAGGAAGGAUCAUUCUGUGAACAAGAUGUGCGCAUCCUCCUGCGACUUCGUUAAGCGGCACUUUUUCUCAGACUAUCUGAUGGGGUUCAUUAACUCUGGGAUCUUAAAAGUCGACGUAGACUGCUGCGAGAAAGAUCUUUGCAACGGGGCGUCAGUAGUGGGGCGCAGCCCCUGGGCCCUGGCUGGGGGGCUCCUGCUCAGCCUGGGGCCUGCUCUCCUCUGGGCUCAGCCCUGAGGUCCCUCCCUCCCUCCUGCAGGGCCUUGGAGCUUGUCCCCUGAGCCUG